UUUUCCAUUCUCACUGGAUUGUAUGUUCUACAGAGGAGCCAUUUUAUUACGGAUGUUGUUAUUUUCGCACUAUCGCGGCGUCAGAAGAAUAUCACAUAGAACAAUGACUUGGCAAGUACGGCUGAUCAUCUCUGUCCUUUUUCUCGGUUCAGUAUCUGGGCAGGUUAGCUAUUCGGUACCGGAGGAAAUGCCCAAAGGGUCGUUAGUCGGUAAUAUAGUGCAGGAUCUUGGGUUAGAUAUAAAAAGAUUAAAAUCUGGCAACGCUCAUGUUUAUACUGGAGACGGCACUGACUACAUUGAACUGAAUAAAGAAAGGGGUGUCCUUCUUAUUAAAGAGAGAAUAGAUCGCGAAGGAUUGUGCGGAAAAACGAGCCCCUGCGCUUUACAUUUCCAGAUAAUUAUUGAAAACCCGAUUGAAUAUUAUGGUAUCACUAUAUUAAUUCAAGAUCAGAACGAUAACGCACCUCAGAUUCUCUACCCAGUACUAAGUGGAGGGUCUGUCGUGGCUGAAAUCGUGCCUCGUUCGGCCGAUGUAGGCUAUCUUGUUACUAAAGUGGUCGCUGUUGAUGUGGACUCCGGACAGAAUGCCUGGCUCUCAUAUAAACUGCUGAAAUCGACAGACAGAGCGCUGUUUGAAGUGGGUUUACAGAAUGGAGAAAUACGGACUUUACGUCAAGUCACCGAUAAAGAUGCUGUCAAACAAAGACUCACUGUUGUAGUGGAGGACAACGGACAGCCUUGUCGCUCAGCUACAGUAAAUGUUAACGUGGCGGUGGCUGACAGCUUCCCGGAAGUGCUCUCGGAAUUCACCGAUUUUACGCAAGACAAGGUUUAUAAUGAUAAUCUCACUUUUUAUUUAGUCCUGGCCUUGGCUGUCGUUUCAUUUAUUUUCAUUGUCUCCCUAAUUGCUAUACUGUCGGUAAAGUGCUACAGAUGGAGACGUGAACAAUUGUUUUAUAAAUCAAACGGUAACCUUCCAGUUAUACCCUACUAUCCACCACUUUACGCAGACGUCGAUGGUACAGGAACUCUACAGCACGUGUAUAAUUACGACAUGUGCAGGACGACUGACUCCAGAAAGAGUGAUAUGAAGUAUGUUAGACCGUGCAGUCAGAGCAUCAUUAGUCUGGACGCCUGUGGAACUCAAACCCUGCCUCACGUUGAUCAGAAAGGCGCGAUUGAGGUUUCAGAAAAUCAGGUGAGUUUUUCAGAAUGA